UGGGGUUCACCCUCGGACGCUCUAUCAGCCAAUCAGCGCUCAGCUCCCCAGCAGCGCACUGGAACUCCGCGCGGUGUCCGCAGUGCAGCUACGCUACGUUCUAGCUGACGCGCCCAGCCGCACUGUACUCGCCUAAGAAAAUGACUUUGAAGGCUGAAUUUGAGCGAUAUGCAAAUGAUGUAAAGAAAGUGAAGACCACACCUGCAGACCAAGAGCUGCUGGAUUUGUAUGGCCUCUACAAGCAAGCUAUCGUUGGGGACAUUGAUAUUGACAAACCUGGAAUCACAGAGUUGAAAGGGAAAGCCAAAUGGGAGGCAUGGAAUUCAAGAAAAGGUAUGUCAAAUGAAGAUGCCAUGAAUGCCUACAUUUCACUGGCCAAGGAAGCCAUUGAGAAGUAUGGAAUGUGAUGGGGGGAACAUCUCCCUAGUUUUAAGCAGAUAUUAAAGUUUCAUUAUGAAAAAGCUGCGAGAUUAGUUUGUUCUUCUUCUUCUUUUUAUGUGAUAUAGAUUAACAGAUUAAAAGAUAAUUAACUUGGCUUCAUAGAGAUGCCACCUGAUUCUGUCUCAUUACAAAUCAGAUGAGACCUAAAGAUGUAUGCAUAAUUUUGUAAUUAAAUAAAACUGUCCAGUAUCAUGGUAA